AUGGAUGAACACAAGUCGGUUACCCUUGAACUCGGUUUUCAGCCGGAGCCGCAAAACCGAGGAACCAUUGGAAUACUUGUUCCCUGUCUGGCUGUCUUGGUACUCAACGUCUGGACCCUGUUCCACGUCAAUAUACCGCCGAAAGGGGAGAGUACCCACCUGUUCUGGUUGCAUCGAGUCAAAAUCUGGAUCAUAACGCUUAUUGUACCGGAUGGCGUUGCAACUCUGGCAUUUUCCCAGUGGCGCGACGCUAAAAGACACGUCGCUGAUAUGAGAAAGGUGGAUAGCUACGGCUGGUGGACAUUGAAGCAUGCUUUCUAUGCUGAGAUGGGUGGUUAUCGUGUUCGUGAUUCUUCGGGGCAAGAAUUUGCCUUUCGGUCAGCGGAACUUUAUGAAUUGGUCAGGGAAAGAAUGAUCAUACUUCCAGAGAUCAGUCUCGAGGAUCUCGAUGACCGGAGCGAUGCUGAUGGAUUUGUGAAAGGCCUGGCUUUGCUUCAGUCCAUCUACUUCUUAGCCAUGGCAUUCUCAAGACUCGGUCAAGGUCUUCAUCUCACUACCCUUGAAGUGGAGACUAUACCCUUCAUUUUCACAACCUGGUGGACAUAUUUCUUUUGGUGGCAGAAACCUGUCAACAUCCAGUGCCGGACUUUGGUCGAAUGUCCUGAAUUAGACCACAACGCUCUUGCUACAAUUGCCAUGGAGCUCUCUAAGCCCGCUAACUACAACUCGAACAGCUACUGGUGGAGGCCGGUUCCUCGUGAGCUUCAUCAACUCGGUUGGGAUUUCUUCUGGUUCGAAAGCAGGUUUGACUUUUCUACGUGGAAAGCUAAAGUCCCUCUGAUACCGCCCACAAUCGUUGACCUGGUGCAAGGUAGCCCUGCUCAUACUCGAAUUACAGACUGGUAUCUCCCGUCCGUUAAAGAGAUGCAUCCGUCCCAAUGGGGAUGGGAAGAAGAUGCUAUGAUCUUUGGUCUGGGAUUGUUUGUCAACUGCUUGCUGCUCGUCUCCUGGAAAUCGACAUUCCCUUCAGAAAUUGAAUCCCUGUUAUGGAAAUGCUCGGUUUUUGCAAUGCUGAUCACGACUACCAUAUGGUGGCCAAUUGCCUGGUUAGCUUCUUAUUCAUUUGACUCUCGGUCAUUAGCCAAGCACACAUUUUUCUAUACACUUAUUGGAGUGUACAUGCUGGGUCGAGCUUACGUGUUAGUUGAGCCAUUUCUUGGACUCCGAGCUCUUCCCCUCUCAGCUUACCAAACUGUUUCCUGGUCAAGGUACAUACCACAUUUCCAGUAG